UAUAAAAAGCAAGGGCCACUCCUAUCAAGGUUGCACUUGCAUGUCUGGAGACCACUCCAAAGCUCUGCAGCGAAUAAAGGGAGGAGGCUGGGAUCCGCGAACGAGAGACAGCGACAGAGCCGGGGCGUAAAAAAGAGAAGAUAGACAGCAGGAGAGGAUGGCAACCCUGGUAGAAUCUGCAGACAUGGAGACUUUAGGCGGCCAAAGCAACACCGGGGCGUCGCUGACAUCCUCGAGCCCCUCGCAGCACUUUAAUGACAGCAAAUUCUACCUGCUGGUUGUUAUCGGAGAGAUCGUAACGGAGGAGCAUCUGAAGUGUGCCAUUGCGGACAUAGAGAAAGGGAUCCGCUCGUGGGACGCCAACUUAAUUGACUGCAACCUGGACCAGGAACUCAAGCUGUUUGUGUCCAGACACUCGGCUCGUUUCUCUGCAGAUGUCAGAGGCCAGAGAAUUCUUCACCAUAAAAGUAAUAUCCUGGAGACCGUUGUGCUCAUCAACCCUUCAGAUGAAGCCGUCAGUACCGAGGUGCGUUUGAUGAUCUCUGACACUGCCAGACACAAACUUUUGGUCUUGUCAGGACAAUGCUCUGAAAACACCGGGGAGCUGAUCCUUCAGUCUGGAUUGUUCUCAUUUUUCAAUUUCAUAGACAUAUUCACUGACCAAGAGAUUGGUGAAUUGCUCAGCACCAUUCACCCAGCAAACAAAGCCAACCUCACUCUCUCCUGCCCCGAACAAGGCGAAUGGAAAAAUUCCAACUUGGACAAACACAAUCUGCAGGACUUCAUUAACAUUAAACUAAACUCCACUCUCAUCCUUCCUGAAAUGGAGGGCCUCUCAGAGUUCACAGAGUACCUAUCUGAAUCUGUAGAGAUCCCAACUCCUUUUGACAUGUUAGAACCACCAACCUCAGGUGGAUUCCUCAAGCUCUCCAAACCAUGCUGCUACAUUUUCCCCGGAGGUCGCGGUGACUCCGCUCUCUUUGCUGUCAACGGCUUCAACAUGCUAAUCAAUGGAGGUUCAGACAGAAAGUCGUGUUUUUGGAAGCUGGUGAGACAUCUAGACCGGGUGGACUCCAUUCUCCUGACCCACAUCGGUGACGACAAUCUUCCGGGCAUCAAUAGCAUGCUGCUGAGGAAGAUUGCAGAGCUCGAGGAGGAACAGUCGCAGGGUUCAACAGCAAACAGUGACUGGGUGAAGAACAUGAUUUCUCCAGACAUUGGCAUUGUGUUUGUGAAUCUUCCCGAAAACCUGGACAAUCCUGAACCCAAUUACAGAGUGCGCAGAAAUGUUGAGGAGGCAGCUUUCACUCAGCAGUUUCUUAACAAGCUAAAUUUAAGGACCGAGCCUUUGCAAAGGCCUGUAGGAAACACUAUAGAACCGAUCAUACUUUUUCAGAAAAUGGGCGUAGGCAAGCUUGAGAUGUAUGUGCUUAAUCCAUCAAAGAACAGCAAGGAGAUGCAGCACUUCAUAAAACAGUGGACAGGAAGUGAAAAGGACACCACUUCCAUCCUGCUCCCGAAUGGAAAAGAAUCAGAGUUCCCUCUCUCUCACAUGAUUUCCAUUGCCUCACUCAUUGUGUGGCACCCAGCAAAUCCCUCAGAUAAGGUUGUGCGUGUUCUCUUUCCCGGAAAUGCCACCCAGCAACAUAUUUUUGAAGGUUUAGAAAAGCUUAAGCACCUGGACUUCUUGAAGCAGCCCGUUUAUACUCAAAAAGCAGUGUCUGUUAACAUGCCGUCGACACCAACACUGAAGCAAGCCAAGAUGAAACACCGAACAGACAGCAAAGAGAGCCUCAAGUCUACCCCAAAGCCUUCACCAAUCAAAAACAUCAGGAAGGAUUCAACUGAGGAAACACCAGAAAAGGCAAAGGCUGAUGCAGAAUCAGCUCGUGAAAAAACACAAAAGAUGGAGAAAAAAGAAAAGGUCCCACUGAAAAAGGGAAAGGCACCUGAAAAAGAAUCAAAGGCAAAGGCAGAGCAAGCUGCCCAAAAUGAAACGCCAGAAAAAAAGAAACCAAAAGCUGAAAAAGAGAAAAUUGUUAAAAAGGAGGCCAAAGCUUCUGUGGAAAAGAAAAAGGAGGUUAAAAAAGAAGUGGCAAAAAAAGAUGAAACCCCCAAACAAGAAAGCAAAAAAGAUGAAAAAGUGAAGAAAGAGGAUGCAAAGAAAGGUCUAAAAAAGGAUAUCAGAAGAGACUCGCCUAUGAAAGAGAAGAAAGAAGAAAAGAAAGAGCAAAAGAAAGAUGCCAAAAGGCCAUUAAAAGAUAUAAAAAAGGCAUCUGCUGCAGGUGAAGAAAAGAAUCUCAAACCAAAGCCUCUGAAAAAAGAUGACGCUUCAAAGAAAGACUCAGGAGGUCCAUCAAAGUUAAAAGACAAAGGAAAGGCAAAGGUGGCAAAGAAGGAGACAAAAGAGGAUACCACCAAAGUGGAAGCUAGUGCUCCUCCAGUGACAGUGGAUCCAGAAGAAGAAAGAUCUCUGAUGUCCUCACCAGAGGACCUCACUAAGGACUUUGAAGAGCUCAGAGCUGAAGAGUUGAUGGAGGACGAUGCAACAGUUGAACAAAAUGUGGAAAAGGAGACUGUGAUGAUACACCAUGAAGAAGUGAUUCAAACCAAAGAGUCGCCUGAGGCAUUAGAGUCCGUUGAUGAAGGUAUAACCACAACUGAGGUGGAAGGAGAAAGUGGAGAGACUCCAGAUGAACAAGUACUCAAGGGAAAAAUCAAUGGAAGUGUAUCAGAGAAGUUUGAUGAUGAGGGCACUGUCAUGGAGGAGACGUCUGAGGGAGGGGAUUAUGAAGAGAAAGGAGAGACUGAAGAAAUAUAUGAACCACAGAAAGCAGAAUUGGUUAAAAAUAAUCUUCCUCCCUCUGUGGAAGAACACCAAGAGAAACAUGCUGAAAUGAAACAAGUUAGUGCUGAAAACAAUGUAGAAAAUGAGUUCAUUAGUCAAAAGGAAACAGAGAAUCAAAAUCUGUUUGUAUCUGCUUCACCUAAAGUGUCCUCACCAGUGUCUCCAGCUGCAUCUAUCCAUGAUGAAAUGGUUCCAGUUGGCUUUGAGAGUUCAACAGCCUCUGAUGAAGAGAACAGAGACGAACCUCCUGAAGAUUACACUGUCACAUCUGGCCACACCCAGUCCACCAUUGAAAUCUCUAGUGUGCCUACUCCGAUGGAUGAGAUGAUGACUCCCAGGGACAUUAUGAGCGAUGAAGCCACCAAUGACGAGAAUGAGUCUCCAUCACGGGAUGUUGGCAGGUUUGGGACAUCAGCAUCUGCAGAGUGUGACAGAAAGAAGCUCUCUCAACUUCAGGAUAUUCCAUGUUUAGAUCGGUCUCGGAGUGAUGCCACUGAAGGUCGGGACUACAACCAUUCUGCUUCUACAAUAUCUCCGCCUUCAUCUCUAGAAGAAGAUAAAUUCUCUAAGGAUUUUCUCUCUGCAGGAAAAGCCGAAUCCUUUGCCGCGGCUCAAUAUGAUGCUGAUUCAUCUAAACUCAGUUCAGUAUCCACAACAGUACCUUUUGUGCGAUCUCCCUCAGUUGACAAUAAGGAUAUAUCUGAUUCACCAUCAGUGUUUGCUCCUCCAAUAGAAUUAUCCACCACACUGGCAGGAUACACCAGAGCAACAGCAGAUUCCUCCAUUAGCCCAGAUGAUAAGACAUUAGAAGGUGCUAAUUCGCCUCAGUCAUCUGGUCACACCCCUUACUAUCAGUCACCUGUAGACGAAAAAGCAGGAGCUCUGCCAACUGCAUCAGAAGAAAGAAAAGAACAGGGUCCAGUAAUUGUGGAGGUUACAAGUGAUAAAGAAGAUUCCUCCAACAGAGUUACCCCAGAGCCUCAUGAACAGGAACUAGAAAGUUCCUCCCCAGUAGAGAGGGUAGCAUCCUCACCAAAGAGCUCGCCAACACCUGAACCUGAUUCUCCAACAAAGAAGGAAAAGUCCCCCUUUGAUAUAGAUCCUAAGAAAACAGGAGAAAACAAUCAUUCAGUCUUUUUUUCAGCACCACUGACCAAACAUGAAUCAGACAUCAACCCUUUCACAGCAUUCAAAGAAGAGAGUAAAAUGUCAAUUUCAGAGGGCACUACAUCAGAUAAGUCUGGAACUCCUCUGGAGGAAGUAGUAGCAGAGGACACUUUCUCACAUUUAGCUUCAGCAUCCACAGCUUCCCUGGCCACCAGCUCCUUGCCAGAACCAACCACGGACUCUCCUUCCCUGCAUGCCGAAGUGGGCUCUCCUCACUCAACUGAAGUAGACGACUCUUUGUCCGUCUCUGUGGUUCAGACCCCAACCACUUUCCAUGAGGCAGAGGGAUCUCCAUCCAAGGAUGAUAGCCCAAGGCCAAUGUCAAUCUCCCCAGACAUCUCUCCCAAAACAAAAAGCAGGACACAGAUGCAGGAUACAAAAUCCCCAGAGCACUCUACCAUGUCAAUAGAGUUUGGUCAGGAAUCCCCUGACCACUCCUUAGCCCUGGACUUUAGCAAGCAGUCCCCAGAGCACCCAUCAGUGGGUAGCAGCUCACGUGCUACAGAAAAUGGCCCAACUGAGGUUGACUACAGUCCUUCAGAUGUAACUGACAUAAGAGCAUCUGGAGACCCAACUCCUGCAGUGGAAAAUCCGUCACUUUUUGAAGAGAAUGAUUCAGUUCGUGCCACUUCUGCAACCCCAUCAGAUGCAUCUCAGUCUACUCCCUCUGCAACAACACCAUGCCAAAUGACAGAGAUGACACGUGCUGUGGUUGAGCAAACAGAUAAGUCUCCAGUCACCCCCAAAGCAACCUCACUCAUCCACUCCCCCCAUUCCAGUGAGCCAUCCCCUGUGCUUGGAGGUUCAGCAGGUAAAGAAAGCAGCAGCCCCAUUUCACCAUCUGUGGAGGAUAUAGCUGAUAAAUCUGACACAUACCAAGAAUAUGACAAGUCACCCUCACCCCCAAAAGCUACUUCACCAUCCUCUUCUUUCACUCUUUCAAAAGAGGAGACACUUUUCCAGGCACAGGAAACUAAUCCCUUUAAAUGUGAGGAUUAUACACUUGAGAAAAAAUCCCCUGUGAGCCCUAAACUUCCUUCCCCAUCACAUCUGCCACUCUCUUGUGAUCAGUAUAAUUCUGCCUGUGGCUCCAAAGACCCAGACUCCACUAAGAGGAGCCCCUGUGCUCCAUCUAAGACAGAUGUGGACCUCUGCCUAGUUACUUCAUGUGAAUACCGUCACCCCAAAACAGAACUCUCCCCAUCUUUCAUCAACCCUAACCCUCUGGAGUAUUUCAUCAAUGAAGAGAAUGCCUUGGACGAUGAGAAACCUCUGACCAAGUCAGGAGGAGGACCUCCACCACCAGGAGGUAAGCUCUACACCAGGCAAUGUGAGGAGACACCGCCAACAUCCAUCAGUGAAUCUGCUCCCUCCCAGACAGAUUCAGAUGUUCCACCAGGGACAGAAGAGUGCCCCUCAAUUACAGCGGAUGCAAACAUUGACUCUGAAGAUGACUCUGAGACUCUGCCUACUGACAGAACCCUCACCUACAGGCAUGCUGAUCCUCCUCCCGUUGCACUCAGGGACCCUGCUCCAUCUUCAGGUCACCAUGACGUCUGCAUGGUGGAUCCAGAGGCCCUCAAGGCUGAAGAAAACCUCCACAAUGCUAACACAGAAGGAGGCGAAAAGCCCAACAAGAAAAAACUUUCCAAAAAAUCUUCAUCACCAUCUAGAAAGGUCGGUCUAUCAAAAGUGAAGGACUCAAAGACGGCCUCUCCAAAGAAGGGUGUCGGAGAAGGGAAAGAUGCCAAAAAUGCAACCAAUACCUCUGCCUCCAGAGGGGUAAAGAGCACCACAUCAGGUACAGGAAGUGGAAAGGUAUCAGGUGGGACAUCUCUACCAAACUGUCCUCCUAUGUACAUGGAUUUGGUUUACAUCCCUAAUCACUGCAGUGCCAAAAAUGUGGAUGCUGAGUUCUUUAAGCGUGUGCGGUCCUCUUACUAUGUAGUAAGUGGCAAUGACCAGACAGCUCAGGAACCCAGUCGGGCUGUCCUUGAUGCUUUGCUAGAAGGAAAAGCCCAGUGGGGAAACAAUAUGCAAGUCACCCUCAUUCCAACCCAUGACACUGAUGUGAUGAGAGAGUGGUACCAGGAGACUCAUGACAAGCAACAGGAGUUGAACAUCAUGGUACUGGCCAGCAGCAGCACUGUCGUCAUGCAGGACGAAUCCUUCCCAGCUUGUAAGAUAGAAAUGUAGGCCUGUUCCUCAAGAGAUCGGGGAGGGUCCCAAUUUUAAGUAAGAAAACCAAUCCAUGUAGCAUAAAACCUAAGCAGACACCUAAACACAGAAUGAAAUAAAUAUCGGCAACAAGGACUGAUUACCAAACUGUCCUCCUAUGUACUAACAGUAAUACAGAUCAGCUCUGAAGGAGUCCAUGCAAAGGGUGAUGUUUCAUGCAGGUAGAGUACCGGGGGAGAUAAGAAACCAAAUAAACCAGCCAAGCUAUGAUUGUUCAGUUAUGCUGAGUCUAGUAAUGUUCAAAAAAAUGUAUCGAGAUGUAUCGAGUUUCCUCUGCAUCCCUACAUCAUAUGUGAGAAAGCUUUCAAUCAGCCUAACCACUUUCAGCAAACACAACUACUUUACAUCUGGUAUGUUUUGAAAAAGAAAAUGUCUGUUAUCCACACCAAAGGAUAAAAAUAACAUGUUUUCUGUUCCUGCCUUAGGGAAUCAAAGUGAAUGUAUAAGAAGUGGCACAGAUCUUGCAGAUUAGACAGGUGGCUUUAAGCAACGGAAGUCAAUCCUAAGAAUGAUGUUAAAAGGUUAUAGAGUUGAACGAUAGCAAAUAUGAUUCAACUUGAAUGGACACUAAACACUGAGUAACAUAAUGAUGUCUAACUUAUUCAUUACGAGCAAAUCAGAUUGCUCCACCGUUAUGAAAAUGUUCUCUGCGUUUUUUGUUUUUUUUUGAGCUGGCUGGAUUUUAAUUGAUUUAGCAUCUGUUUUUGUCUGGUUUACGCUGCUGUCUGUGUAUAAGUAAGUUUAUUACGUUUAAAUUUCAGUUAGCGUGCUUGAUCGUCCAGGCAGCCUUUUACACUGUGCAACAGGAAGUUGCUUCAUGGCGCUCUCCCCUGUCUUUGUCACAUCUGCAUAAUCUACAAAGAGGAAUGCCUUUUAUUUCAGCUUGCUGAUUUAUUUACAGAUUUUAAGUUCUUUCUAGAAAAGAAUAUCCAAUCUUGUUUCUUAUGAACGUUUUGUAUGUAAUCAAUGCGCAAUGGGGGGAGCUAGCCUUUUCCCACUGGAAAGCUGGUGAAGCAGGAUAUUUUCAUAAACCUUAAAAUGUCUUGUUUUUCUAAAGCAUUGUACUAUAAUUAUAAAUAGCUUUGUGGCAGAUGAAGUGGUUGGAAGACAUGCAUGAGUUAUGAUAAAUUAGUACUUUUUUCUUUUUUUUCAUGGGGGUUUUGCUCAAAUUUGCUUUAAGACCAACAGGGCUAGGUAGGCUAAAUAAAGACAUUUGAGGAGCAUUUUAGGGUUUUUGCAAAUUGUGCCAUGACGCAUGUAUUCUACACUCCAAGGAAUUGCCAGUGGCACAGUGUUGAUAUAAACAUGAUACUGAAUGCAGCACAUUGUAGAUUUUCUAGGUGGAGGGUUCAGCAUAAGGAGGCUGAAAAAUUAGUCAUGAAUGAGAAAGGAAUCAACUUCUGGUAGAAGCUUUUUUUCUCGUGGAGGGGCAGCACACAGAGGUGAAAGUGAGUGACUCGUGUGUUUUAGAUGAAAGUAUGUAAAACCAAGACUAGACACUUUAAACACAAACACGACACAUAACAAACUAACAGUACAGAGACAACACAUCAACUUUGACAGGCCAGCUUCUGGAGAAACACUUACCAAUUCAAACAGGCUUUUCAUAUUUGGGGCUAUUCACUCGACACACAAACGGCACGAGAUAUGAGUCGAGCGAUGCCAGGUGUUCAUGAUACCACAAUAAAGCAGUUUUCCUGCAGGAGAACCUGAAGCUAACACUACAACCGUACUGUCAAGCAAACAGCAACCUGCAAACUUUGAACUGACACUUCUCUUUUCUCUCUCUUCUUUCUCUGCACUUUCUCUUUUUUCUCUCUCUGUCUCUUUAUCUGCCUUGUCUCCUGAUCUUUCUCCCAGGAGAACUUUAAUAAUGUUUGUCUGCAGCUGUGUGGUAUAGGUGUCUUGUGAUCUUUGCAUCGUCUCUGCCCUUUUUCCCGGAACUCAUGUGUAACUUAUAGGACUUAGUUUCAAGUAAAAAUACUCCUUAGUGCUUUCUGAUGUUUGUGUGCAAUAUUUCCUCUACCCAUAUGGUGAAUCUAAUGUAAGAGGAACCACUACUAAGGAACAAACAUUAAAAAAAAACAACCACAAUAAAA